AUGGCCGGCAUACUUUUUCCGCCCCGCCCCGCCCUUUUUCGUCACAUCCGAUGAGUCAAGGCCCCGCCCCUUCAAAGGGAUAGCGGAGAGAAGCCCCGCCUCACCUGCGCCCGUUCUUGGUCCUAGAAGGAAGCGGAAGUGACGUCCAGCGCCCAGUAGUUGGUGGGAGAGCCGGAAAGAGAGAGGGGGAGGGGCCGGGCCCGGGAGCCGGAGGGAGCCGCGGAGCAGCCGCCACCGUCGCCGCCGCCGCUACCGGGACCCCAGGUAGGCGCCCGGGAGGUGGGGCGUCCGCGGGGGGAGGGGGAGGCGUCCUUUCCUUUGGCUCCUGGCCGCGGGCGGGGGCGCCGGGGAAAGUUGGUUGCCAUAGAGACAGCAGCCCGUGGGCUCGGGAGGGGGAAGAGGGGAGAGUUGUCACCUGGAGGGAGGCUCUGGGCGCUUUUCACAAGCGAGACGGCCAGAGCUUCCUGGGGGAGCGGGACUGGUGGGGCCCAUGAGGAGGAGGAGGGAAAAAGAGGGGCUUCUCUCCCCUCAAGCUCAUGGAGGGGGCAGGCGUCGCCCUGUCUUGGGGGUGUCCAACUUCGUGGAGUGAGGUGUUUUAUGUUUUCCCCCCGAAAGGAGGGCGUUUUGGAAAGGGAUGGGCGUGGGGUGGAAGGUGGCCCUUCUGAGGGUGCGAGGGAAUACAGCAAGUAGCAGCUGGCUGAGUAGGUUUUAUUAACUUGCUUGAUUUCUUUAUAUGCAAAUUUCCCUUUGCCCUUUUAAUGGCGAGUUCAGGGGAUAUGGGCUCAUUUAGAAGCGUGAGGGGGGCAGAGAAGCAAAGAUGGGUGCCAUGAUGGGAAGAUCUUAGAGACCUAUAGGGUGGCAUUGUCAUGGUAACAGGAGGUAGUUGGUCAUGCUCUGCUCUCUCCUUUGAUGUGACUCAUCAUUCCUUAUCUUAAAAAGUUCUGGGUAUCAUUGGGCAAAGAGAUCAGAUAGUGAGGUGAGCUUUUUGAAUGAGAUGGUUGGGUGGAGGCACCUUCUCGUUACUGUUGGAUAAGAAAGAUGGAAAAGGUGGGAACUUUUUCCUAGGAGAUAAUCUGCUCACUCUGUUGGUGUUGAAAAGAAGUCCUGGGACGCAACAUAAAGAUUUCACCACCCUCUCCCCUCAGAUAACAGAAGUGUGUAGAACAAUGAUCAUUGUUUUUAUAACAAUGCAUUUUAUUUUACUGCCUUCCAAAUGUAUACUGUAUUGCCUUUUCAGUGUAUGAGGCACGGUUUGCACAAAUCUUUGGAGAAGCUUGAAAGAGAAUGCCUCUGAUACCAACAACUUCAUAUUAUCAGAGGGUCUGAAGGCAUAGUCCCUUCCAGCACUUUUUAGUAAUACACAUAUAUAAAUAUAAUCCAGCUUGGGUUUAAUUCACUUUCUUAUUUGUUUUUGUUUUGUUACAGUGUGUGAAGUUUCUCCCAGUGUUUCUUUACAGGUGCUUCAGGAUAGUAUAAGGGGUUUACUAUAUAGAUCAGCCUCCCCUAACCUGGUGUCCUCCAGAUGUUUUGGUCUCCUAUCAGCCCCAGCCAGCUUCACCAAUAGAAAUUAUAGUCCAGCAAAAUUUGGAGAGCACCAGCUUGGGGAAAGCUGAUGUAGAUUAUAAGUCUCUCCCUUACUGAUAUUCCUUGUGAUUCUUCCUAUAAUAGUAGGAAACAAUAUAGAGCUGAGGGGCUGUUAUUUGACUUUUACUCUCAUCCUUUUUGAUGGAAAUAUUUUCUGGGUGUAUGUGCUCGAUUCUUUCCCCCCAUUGUCAUCAAAGGUGUAUGCCUUGAUGUUAAAUGUUAAUUUUUUAAAAAAAGUUGACUGCAAUUCUAUUCCUACAAGGGGGCAAGAUGGCCGAAAUCAGUGACCUUGAUCGUCAGAUUGAGCAGUUGCGGCGCUGUGAGCUCAUCAAGGAGAGCGAGGUCAAAGCCCUCUGUGCCAAGGCCAGGUGAGUGUUGCCUGACAUCUAUAAGAAUACCUGUUCUAAGACUGUAAAAUGCAGUCAAUUACGGUGUAGAGUGUCUGUGUGAGACACAUUUCCUUUUCUUUCUCUGCAGAGAGAUCUUGGUGGAAGAAAGCAACGUCCAGAGAGUAGAUUCCCCAGUAACAGUGAGUCUUGUUUUUUAGCGAAUGUUCAUCAGUGUUUGGGGACUCAAAUGCUGGCAGCAAUAACACCUGAACUUUUUAUUUUAUCCUUUAAAAAAAAUUGCUGUCACAAGGCGUUUUACAAAUAAGAAAUUGAAGCAUGCUGCUGAUUUUUUUUUUUAAAAAAACAUCCUUUGAAGCAGAUUGAGGGAGGCCAAAGGUGACUUUCCAGGACACUAUCUGGCCUCAGAACUAUUCCAUAUGCCAUGUUACUGUGUAAUAUCCUCAUGUGUUUUUGCCUCAAUUGGAACAUGUGCUUGAAAUGUAAUCAUGUCUCUUUCCUGGAUGGAAAUUUGGUGUGUGUCUGCGUAGGUGUACAAACCUCUUGAGUUUUGCCUGACUGGAAUGUAGUCUUGUAUAAGAGGUACAAGUCACAGCUGUUUCUCCAUCCAUUUCUGCCUUUGGCCUCAUUCCCUACUAGCAGGCAGAAACUGGACACAGGCCAACAGUGGAAUGUGAACAAGGUUCUCCUCUCUUGCCUUAAUGAAUGAACAGUAACAGAAGAAAAAGAAUAUCAAAACACAGCACCUGGAUUCUUCUGAAAGUUCCAAAGUUCUUUUGAAUAAGAGGAAUGACAGAGGGAACACAUAUUUCCCUGGGGGUGUAGUUUCAAGAAUGUUUUGCUAUCACCAAAAUGCCAUGCCCCUGCCUAUCUAGCUCUUACUGGUGGGCAGAGAGAAGGGCCUUGGUCUUUCAGAUACACUGGACUAGGUAUGAUAGUAGUAAUAGCCACCUUGAGAACAUUAAAGAGUUCCAUAUUCUUUCCAGGUUUGUGGGGAUAUCCAUGGCCAGUUCUAUGACCUUAAAGAGCUCUUCAGGGUGAGUACUGCUCAGCCAUCCAAUUCCAGUGCCCAGUUUCAGCUUUCAAGCUCUCCUGGGACAAUAUAUUUACAUGCCCUUUCUUUCUCUCCUGCAGGUGGGUGGUGAUGUGCCUGAGACCAACUAUCUCUUCAUGGGUGACUUUGUCGACCGUGGCUUCUACAGUGUUGAAACAUUCUUACUACUGCUGGCGCUCAAGGUUAGGAACGACCCUUGCCCCUCAUGAAUCCAAGGAUGCUUUCCUUGUUCUGCCUGAACAGAGAUGUUGGGAAUUCUGGGUUAUAUAACAUUUCCAUGUCUGUGGUCUAUGCCGGUUUGGUUGUUUCUCUUACAGGUCCGGUACCCUGACAGGAUCACUCUGAUCCGUGGCAACCAUGAGAGCAGACAGAUCACCCAGGUAUAUGGCUUUUACGAUGAGUGCCUGAGGAAAUACGGCUCUGUCACCGUUUGGCGCUACUGCACUGAGAUCUUUGACUACCUCAGCCUCUCUGCUAUCAUUGAUGGCAAGGUAAGCAUGCUGUGUGUGUUUAUGAUGGUAGGAGCAUUUGAGAAAGAGUAUGUGCACCCCAUCACUGUGUGCAGGGCUUUCCAGAGUACUAGAGGCCCUGUUCCUGUGGCAAGGGCCUUACAGCCUAAAAGAACACUUAGGUUUUCUGGUGUGAGAAUAGAGUGCAACAGUUAGACUAAAGUGGGAAGAUAACAGCAUGAGUUUUAAUGUGGUGGGCAGGGAGGUGCUGUUUGGCCCUAGAACUUCUACAUGCAGCUUUCCAAAUGCACACAUUCCUUUUCUGUUGCAGAUUUUCUGUGUCCAUGGUGGUCUCUCCCCAUCCAUCCAGACACUGGACCAGAUUCGAACGAUAGAUCGCAAACAGGAGGUUCCUCAUGAUGGUCCCAUGUGUGAUCUUCUUUGGUCUGACCCUGAAGGUAUAUUUGUGCAUGGAGUGGGGUGGUUUUGUGUGUGUGUGUGUGUGCCAUGCAUGAAGGAGAAAGGAAUCUUUGCGUGUUGCAUCUGGUUAAGAUGGUAAUAGUAUUUGUUCCAGGAAAAGUUUAAUAGGUUAAACAGUAUUAGGAGUAGAGCGUACCAGGAAGAGCCGUGUAGCCCAAGUAGAAGAGCGUUGAGCCUUUAAUUCUGGCUUAAAAUUGCACUGAAACCGAAAGAGGCGGAGUCUGUUACCAAGAGGUCCCCAGCAACUUUGAUCUGACCUUGUACUUCUGUACAAGCUGCUAAAGAGAGAUCACAAUUGAUACGAUGGAGUUCUGAGCACUCCGUGGAACUUAUUUAAUGAAUCUGUCCUGUGUUUUUAGUUCUUUAUGUUGUAAGGGAAUGAAUAGGGUCUCACUUAUUGGAAGGCAGAGGAUGCUAUAGUCUCUGUGGGUUUAAUGCCCGAUAAACUGCACAGUGAGCUAAAGGAAUAUUUGUUUAUUUGUUUUUGUUUUAAAGCUUCUAUUUCUUUUACUGCUUAGUGCAGUAUUCCAAAAAUCUCUAAAACAAGAACCUUUGAGUCUUUGAUCUAAAGAAGAUCAGGUAUUUUCUGCCCCCAUCAUUUCAUCUCACUCUGGUUCUUUUUAAAAGGGGUUGACUGGUAAAAAUGGACGUGGAGCAGCCUAAGCUGGGUCGGGUGAGGGCUUUAUAUGAAAUCCUACCUCUUGGCCAAUUGCUGAUCAGCUUUGUUCUAUAAGUUCAUCAAGAGCAGCUGCCCUUUCCCCUAGUCGAUCAUGCCUGGUACUUGGUUUCCUUUGUGUCGUAAGCCCAGCUUUUCUGUCCUUUGCAGAUACCACAGGCUGGGGGGUGAGCCCACGAGGUGCCGGCUACUUAUUCGGCAGCGACGUGGUGGCGCAAUUCAACGCGGCGAAUGACAUUGACAUGAUCUGUCGAGCGCAUCAGCUGGUCAUGGAGGGGUACAAGUGGCACUUCAACGAAACAGUUCUUACUGUGUGGUCAGCUCCCAACUACUGCUACCGGUGAGGAGACAGAAGGGAUUGGUGUGGAAUAGCGGGCAGAUAUGGCAAGCCUAGCACUGUGUACCGUUUGAGCUGUGUGGCAUAUAGGAGGGAUUGCAGGGUCAGUCUGUGUGGAAGGGUGGCAUUGAUGAAACUGGAGGCAUCCCAUUGUGACCCUUCUCCUCUGCUCUGCACACAGCUGUGGGAAUGUGGCAGCCAUCCUGGAACUGGAUGAACACCUUCAGAAGGAAUUUAUUAUCUUUGAAGCUGCCCCCCAAGAAACUCGAGGCAUCCCGUCUAAGAAGCCUGUUGCGGACUACUUCCUGUGAAUGCUUCUUCCAUCUCCCCCCACCCUCCCCUCGUGCGGCUUCUGUUUUUCUUGUCCUGGCUGGGGUGGGCAGCCUCUUUGAAGUUUGGCAGGGUUCAGGUCUCUUCUCCCCCUCCCCCCCCGCCCCACUCCAUUCCCCUUGCCCAAUAAACCCUCAGUUCUGGACCCCUUAGACUGAAUUGGCCAUCUUUUUCCACACUACUGAAUUCCAGCCAGUCGCUUUAUAGUCUCUUCAGGGCUGCCCUAAUUUUUAUUCUCCGCCCGAAACACAUUUUUGGGACCUCUGGUCAUUGAAAAACCUAGAACUCUGUUGAUCUCGGAUCACUCCAGGCGAAACGGGGGGAAAAGGUCAACCCAGAAAUGGAGAGAAGCUGUAGAUCUUCAGAGUUCUAUGGUUUUCUAGGGGCGCAGCUGACAGCCUCCCAGCCUAGUUCUCUAGCUCAUCUGCAGUGCGACUGGAAAUUAUUUAUAGAGGAUGUAUCAGAUGGAGAGAACUGGACUUGGAAAUAAAGAGGAAACCAGUGACCAAAGAAUAUCUGCAACUGUUAGGAGGAUGAGGUCUCUGGACUAGUUCUCUGCUUCUGCGUCACUUAGGUGCUUCCUGGUUUAACUCUUUUUUUAAACAAAAAUAUUUUUACUUUUUGGUCAGCUGAUCUUUGAACUCCGGUUUUGGUGCCAUUCCAUAGCAUUUAAGCAGAGAAUAGGAAGUGCUUCAAACCUUGCUGUGUCUGGUUGCUGGAAGACCUAGAACUGUGGUUUCUUCGCACUUCGGUGUAUAGUCUGCUUGAGCUACAUGGAAUAGAUGAACAUAGACUGGGAAGUGGUUCCUCUGUGUGCCGCCAUAUCUCAUUCCCACUUUCCUCAAACAUUUAUUGGCCACUGGAAGGUUAAACUGUCCCCACCUUUUUGCCAGACUUUGCAAAAAAUAAUAAUAAUUAAAAUAAAGUAGACUUUCUGGUCACUGGAGGAUGCAAAUGCUUUAUGAAAUCCAUUUAAAAUUUUUUGUGGUGGAUUUAUUAAAUGUAUUAUUGGCAAAUCUAUAUCCUGUUUAUCCCCCUCCCUGCCACUCCUUCUCCUUGAGUGGGGAGACUGGGACCAUAUCACGCUAGUUAAUUUGACCAAUGGGGCGUGUUCUCUGUCUCUCUCCAUCCCUCCAUAUCCUACCCCCUGUGGGGUUGGUGUAUCCAAAUCCCACCCACCACAGGGUCAAAAUCUCCCACCCCCUCCCCUUUAUUCCUGUGAAGGGAUACUCACAUUCAAUCCAGAUAUCUACUUAGAGUUAGAAGGGGAAGGUGGAACUUCCUGCCACUUUUCUUACGUCUAGGAGUGCUUUCCCCUCCGAUGAUCUGUCUCUUGCUCUAAUUUUAUUUUGUUUUCAUUUUGGGUUUUUUCCUAUUUACAACUUUUAGAUAAAAAAAUUCUAAUAAAACUAAAAAAAAAAAAUUGA